CGCCUCCCUGCGCCUAGCCAAUGGGCGUGCGCUUACGUCACUUCAAGCAAUAUCAGUCCGAUAUAGGGGAGUGGGACAAUAACAUAUUAUUAACCAUCAAGUACCGGGAUGAGCAGUUUCUGUUGUCCGCGACCCAGCGAGGAGGACUGAGCAUAAUGAGCGGGAAGAGCCUCUUGCUGAAGGUGAUCCUGCUAGGGGAUGGCGGAGUGGGCAAGUCCUCCUUGAUGAACCGCUUCGUCACCGACCGUUUCGACUCACAGUCGUUCCACACCAUCGGAGUUGAGUUCCUCAACAGGGAUCUUGAAGUCGAAGGACGUCUUGUCACCCUUCAAAUCUGGGACACGGCUGGCCAGGAGCGUUUCAAGUCCUUACGCACACCCUUCUACCGAGGCGCCGACUGCUGCCUGCUUACGUUUGCCGUGGAUGACCUGCAGAGCUUUCAGAACCUUGGUAGCUGGAAGAAGGAGUUCAUGUAUUACUCUGACGUGAAAGAUCCUGAGCGGUUCCCCUUUGUGGUGCUGGGCAACAAGGUGGACAUGGAGCAGAGGGAAGUCGGGGAGGACGAAGCGCGGGCCUGGUGCGAGGAGAACGGCUGCUGUCCUUACUUUGAGACCAGCGCUAAGGAUGAUACGAAUGUUACAGCCGCGUUCGAAGCAGCUGUCAAGGAGGUUUUGGCUGCUGAGGAUCAUAUUGACCACUCGGUACUAAGUGGGACUAUAGAUCUGCACGGCAACCGCAAAAUAGCUCAUCGGUCCUGCUGCUGACGGGACAGGUUUGAAACCUUUCUGCCGAUGGUUGCAUUUGAGAGCCAGUGAGUUGUUGUUUAUGGUACACGGAGAGCAGGCACAUGUUGCUCUAUGAUUCUUUGGAUAAGAUACAGCUGAGGCCGUGUUCUUUAUUGAUGCUGAUAAGAUGUAAUCUGAGGAGAGCAGUGUCAAGGGUGCUGCCGUUAUAAAAGGGUUUUUGCCCCAACCAAGAUACAGCCGUGCUGAAACACGCUUCCUGUGCUCUGUCUGCUUCCAGUAAUGUUGCACAUUGCACGCUCAUCCUCAUACCGAACUUUGCAUCCAUUGUCUCGUGCAGAUUUGCAUCCAAAUUACUUCCAGAACGGUUUACAAGUAGGAUUUACGGAGUCGAACUGAACCUAUUCUGUGAUGCUGGUUGACUUCCACGUCGGUCCAAUUUCAAUGAAGGUUUCAAGUGACUUUUAAACAUUUUAAACUAAGAUCAAAAAGAUGUUAUGUUUUGGAACCAUUUGUCCAUUUUCUCUCCCGGUUGUCUUCUUUAGGGUUGUGCAUUGGGUUGCCACUAUUACUAUAGCCGCUUAUCUUUGGACACAUAAAAUGGACACAAGUUUUUGCAGACUUGAUAAUUAGCCAUUGUUUCAGUGAGGUGGUGAGAUUGAGGUAUAAGUCUCAACAUUAUUGUUUCCAUAUAUGUAACUGAAAUUUUGCUGCAGACCUCAGCAAGAAUCAUGAAAGUUAAGGCACGUGGUUUCUUUUAUGGGCCACAUUAAAUGAUGUGACGGGCCGGAUCUGGCCCCUGGGCCUUGAGUUUCACACCAAUCCUUUAAAUGCUCAGCUGAUAUAAGAUUUGGUUUUAUCUCGUAUUGCACGGUAACAGUUUUGCUGUACUUUCAAGCAAUUUUUUUCCCAUAGAAUUUGGAUCUCAACCAAAAUUUCAUCACAUUUGGGGCACGGUGAAUCAGCUGGUAGAGUGUUGGCCUCACAGUUCUGAGGUCCAGAGUUUGAUCCCAGCCCCGCCUGUGUGGAGUUUGCAUGUUCUCCUUGUGCCUAGGUGGGUUUUCUGCAGGCACUCCGGUUUCCACCCACAUCCUAAAAACAUGCAAUAUUAAUUGGACACUCUAAAUUGCCCCGAGGUGUGAUUGUGGCUGUUUGUCUCGAUGUGCCCUGCAACUGGCUGGUAACCAGUUCAGGGUGUACCCCGCCUCCUGCCCGUUGACAACUGGGAUAGGCUCCAGCACUCCUGCCCUUGUAAGGAUAAGCGGCUAAGGUAAUGGAUGGAUAAACCGACAGCAUCUACAGUAUCUAACCAGGCAUGAACGCGAUCAUCACUUAUACAGUGUAGGUACGAAGCAGCGAUUGCCGCAGAUCUAAUAUGUAAUAUUGUUUUUAUUGUCAUAAAUAAAAAGGGAAUUGUGAGCUUUAUUCCCCCGCCGUCCCCCGCAGCUCUGUUUUUACAACCAACCUAAACUGGAGCAACAAUUGUUCUUUCAUUUCUGGUGAUUCCCGUACUGUAUUUGGCCGGUGUUUUUGAAUUUCACUGCCUUUUCUACUGUUUUUAAACUGCUGUUUAUUUCUCUCCGAGACUCCCCUCCAUUCCGCCGCGUGCCCUUGAUUCGUUUUACCGACACUGCGUCAUAUCUGUAUCAGGGACGAAUGGGUUUGUUUCUCUGAUGUGAAGAGGUUAUGGAUAUUGCACUGAAGAGAUGUUUUACUAAUCAGGGCAUGCUUUUGCUUCUACCUUCUUAAUUGUGUGACAAGAUUUAACAGUCAGUCUUUAAGAUGUGGACUCACUACUACACUCAUUCCUAAGGUCUUCUUUGUUUCAGCGAUCGCGUCCUUUACACACGUAGACCUCAGUUCAAUGGGAGCACAAAGAUAAAACGUUGCACAGCGCCUCUUAACUUCAUCCAUACAUUUAACGAUUAAAAAAAAACUGUACUGCAUUUACUUACCUAGUGAUAAAUGGUACUUUACUUUCAUUUCAAUGUGUCUUCAGUACGCGACUCUACAUUUGGUACAACUUUUGAAAAUAUUUGUGGUUUUUAAUUCUCACCAAUGUUUUGAUUGCUGCUUAAAUUAUUGUAUUGUACAUGUUGAUUUAAUAUCAUUUCCAUGGAAUUGUAGCACCAUGUUUUCAUGUCUUAUGCUGCCAGCUUUGUUUCCUGCUUAUAAUUUUAGUGUUAAUCAACAGUUGUGUGUAUGUACGUGUAUGGCUGCACUUGCAUUAAUACUGUAUGUGGACUAUCAAGGUCUUUCUGAUUUUUAUUUAAUGAACCACAGUUGAUUUGAAGAUGAAAUGUGACUGAAGUGUUGACUUCAAUUCAAGAGCUUUUUAACCACAAAAAAAAAAAAAAAAAAUGUCACAGUCAUUGUCCAAAUGGUUCUGGACCUCACUGUAAGUGGGUGUGUAUGAUCAAGCGUCACUGUGAAACUAAACCCAAGCUAUUCAUGUACUGCCCUGUUUUUUUAAUUAUUAUAUUGUUUAUAAGCAGGCUUUUAAUAAGUAGAUUUAAAGAUUAAUUGUCGGUCAGAGUGUGUACCUGUGUGAUGUCUUGAGUGUGAAUUGAGCUGGGCAUUGUAAGGCCACCUCAUUGAUGUUCUUUACCUCAAGAGAAUCCUUUUGCCCUUCCUGGCAGGGUUUCAUUUCAAUGAUCAGUGUUCCUUGUCUUGCUAAAAAUGAUGUAGGCUAAAAAUGUUUACCUGAAAUCUAUCAUAGCCAAAUGUCUGUUAUUCAUUAGCAGAUCACAUGAUGAUCACAUGUCAUGUCAGUGUACACGUUUUAAUAUUUAUGAAUGUAAAACCUGAUUUGGGUGUUCCCCAUUAAUAGGUGAAAGAAAUGAUCAGGGGGCACCUAUUUCUUAAUUGCCAAAAUGACCGAACACCCAUUUUGUUCAAAACAACUGAAUUUGGUUCAAAUUUUGCGAAAAUUGGAAUGUCCAAUUUGUUUUUUUCACAAUCGUGUUUCUUCCCACGCUAAACUUUUUGCACUACGUUUGAUAAAACUGGUUGUUCAUUGCUUGAAUGUCAAAUAAACCAAA